UUGGUCUAGUAUUAAUUCAUAUCAUUUGAUAUCACUUCUUAUAUUGUCUUAUAUUGAUACCAUACUGUUCAAUCAGGUUAAAUACUACUCAGUUAAAGUAAUAGUGAUAUCAUUUUUUUCAGCAUGGAUCCGUUAUUAAGUGAUAAACGAUUUGCUUACAUUGCAAAGGAUCCGAAAUUUAAAAGGAUCCCAAAGGCGGAACGAAAAAUAAAGAUAGAUAAAAGGUUUCAAGGCAUGUUUAAAGACAAAAAGUUUACAGUUCACUAUACUAUUGACAAGAGAGGCAGACCUAUAAGCCAAACAUCAGCAGAAAAUCUUAAAAAGUAUUAUGACUUGUCCAGUAGCGAAGAGGAGGAAGAUAAAGAAGUGGCAGAAGAGGAGGUUGUAGAAAAAAAAGCUACCACUCUUAAGAGUAAACAGCAAGGCAAGAAAGAAAAAUCUAAAAGUAAGCAAAAGAAGGACAAACACCUUGAGGAAUUUAAAUCUCAAGAUGUUAAUUCUAUAAAGAAGGAUGUGGAUGAUGAACAUAAAGAUGAAGAUGAUAAUUCAUCAGAUAAUCAUUUUUCAAGCAAUGGAGAAUUGCUGAGGCUUAAGCCAAAAGAAGAAUAUAGUGAGGAUUCUGAAGAGCAUAGUGAGUCCAAGAAUGAAUCAGAAUCUGAGUCUGCUGUAGACGAUGAAAUAAAUGCAGAUAUUUUAAAAUCAGAUUUGAAAGAAAGUAAAAAACAGUUACGGAUUGAGAGGAAAAAUGAGUCUAAUAAACUUACAGACAAAAUUAAAGAAAAACUAAGAGAUUUAAGUGUAAAUUAUGCUAGAGGUGAAGGGGUACUAAUGACAGACAGCUCUUCUGAUGAUGAUAGCUCAGAUGUCUCAGAUGAAGAAGAAAUUGAUCAUAAUUGGGGUGAAUUAGAUAAGGAAGCACAUACAACAGAUGAAAUCACACACAGAUUAGCAGUAUGUAACAUGGAUUGGGAUAGAAUACGUGCUGUGGAUUUAAUGGUGUUGUUUAAUUCAUUUUUACCAAAUGGAGGUGUUAUUCGUUCAAUCGCGAUUUAUCCAUCAGAGUUUGGCCUACAACGCAUGAAAGAAGAAGAAAUUAGUGGUCCAAAAGAAUUAAUAGAAAUAAGUAAAGAAAGAGACAUGGAUGAUGAAAAUGAUGAUGAAGAGGGGUCAGCAUAUCAUAUGGAAAAAUUGAGACAAUAUCAAUUGAAUAGACUGAAGUAUUACUAUGCAGUUGCUGACUUUGAUUCAGCUGAAACAGCAAACAAAAUUUAUACAGAGUGCGAUGGUACAGAAUACGAAUCUACUGCCACGAAGAUGGACCUUAGAUUUAUACCAAAUGAUAUGGAGUUUGAUCAGGCUCCUAGAGAAGUUUGCAGUGAAACACCAGAACUUUCAAAGUAUCAACCAAGGCAGUUUACUACUACAGCUCUACAGCAAGUUAAAGUGGAGCUAACAUGGGAUGAGACAAAUCCAGAAAGGCUGGAGAUUGCACAAAAAUUGAAUUCUGGGAAACUGGAUGAGAUUAAUGCAAAUGAUUUGCAAACUUAUUUAGCUACAGAUUCAAGUGAUGAAGAAACAGAAGCUGAAGAGGCAAAAGAAAAGCAGGAAUCGCAAGAUAACACAGCAGACUCUGAUACAACAAUAAAUGGUGAUCCAAUUGAAAAAUAUAAGGCUCUGUUAAAAGAAAUAGAAGAAAAGGAGGAAUCAAAACAGAAGAAAGACGUGGAAUUAGAAUUUACAUGGGGCUUAGGAACAAAAGAGAAGGCUGAAAAGUUAGUCAAGGAAAAAAUGAAAAAGGAUGAAAGUUUGACACCGUUUGAGCAAUACUUGGAGAAACGUAAAGCAAAGAAAAAAGCUAAAAGAGAUGAGCGAAAGAAACGUAAAGAUGUGGAUGAAGAUGCAUCUUCAAAUUCUGAAGUGUCUGAUUUGAACGCUAGUGCAAGCGAUGACGAAACUACAAAUAAUAAAUCACCAUCGCGUAGGAAGAAGAAAACAAUGAAGAAUAGUAGUACAGUUUUAUCAGAGGAUGAUGCUGAUGACGAAGAAAAGCGCAAGGCGGAAUUAGAACUUCUUUUAAUGGAUGAAACUGAAAUUGGCGACAAGCGACAUUUCAAUAUGAAAAAGAUCGAAGAAAAUGCCACAAUGACGAAGUCUAAACGUAAGCGACUUAGCAAGAAGAAAAACGGACAGAAUCAGAUAGAGGAAGAUAAUUUUGAAGUGAAUGUGCAAGAUCCUAGGUUCAAUGCAUUAUUCACGUCGCAUCAUUACAAUAUCGAUCCAGCGGAUCCACACUAUAGAAAGACAAAGGGUACUGAAUCUUUAGUUCAAGAGAAGUUGAAGAGGAGAGCAAAUAAUGAUCCUGCAGAUGAAAGUACAACCAAACAACAAAAGAUGAAGCCCAAUGCAGAGUUAGAAGCAUUAGUUAAAUCAGUAAAGAGGAACACAAAGAAUAUUUCACGAUCAAUAAAAUGA